UAUGAUUGCCCUGUUAUUUGAGCCCUAUGAUUAGUGUGUGAAGGAAGAUAAGAGGGGGCGCGUAGGAGAAGAUAAAAUGGAGAGCCUGAGGCUCAGAAUUUCGUUAGGCUAUCCCGUGCGGAAGUAUUUGUUGAAGAAGCAGAGGCAGAAAACAGCAAAAGCAAACCCUCGGAAAAAAUGGAACGCUGUAAGCCUUGCCCAAAUGCCCACAAUAGCAUCCUCACAAUCUUGUUAUUCUUGUGUGCUGGCGAUUGCGGAUGUGGUGGGGAAAGGAGAAGAGGCAAAUGUAAAUGUUGGUGUAUUGGAGAAAUGGCAAAGGACUAUUGACAUCGUCAAGGAAAUAUUGAAGCCCGCUCCAAAUUCACCUGCCGCAGGAGGGGACUUGACGGGCUUCUUUUCUGCCAGUGCAAUACUUUUGCUGAUUUUUUGGUUGGGAAAUUAUGUGGUGCCUGAUAUCAUAUUCAAAGAUACUAUUUUCAAAAAGAUAGAUUCUACUGAUGAUGGCACAGAAAGUAGUGUUGUUGCACCAAAAGAAAAACUUGCUACAAACAAAGAUUUGAAAAGAGAACGCAAGGCUGUUGGAUUUGGUUCCAAGAUCAAAUCUAAGAAAAAUCAAACUAAAUGCUAGGCUCUCUUUAAAUACUUCAUUCUAGUCAAACUUGUGCAACAAUACCUCAAUAAUAAAUCAUAAAUAUUCUUAUUA